UGAUGGGAUCCGGCCUCUAACAGCGAGUCUCCUCUGCGCCCCCCCCCGCCCCCCCUCACCACCACACGCCACCGGCCCCCUCGCCAGUGGCCCUGGGAGAGCUAGGACCCUGAUGACAGCGGAGAGGAUUGUGGGAGACCUGCCAUGGCCAGCGCAGCGGACGGUUUAGGGAGUUUGGGAUCAGAGCAGACUCACCUGGCGCUGCCCGUAGGGGACUCUGGGUCCUGGGUCUCCACCAUGAACAGCCUGGGCCUCGUGCCCAUGAGCAUGGCCGGGCAGCCCCUCGUCUCAGAUCCCAUCUGCAUCCCGGGAUUUGACCCCAGCAUGGGAAUCCUCACUCCCAUCAACGGAAUGAUGCCGGGAAUCAGCCUGGUCCCGCCCCCUCCCAUGCCCCCGGAACUCCCGGUUGUCAAGGAGAUCAUUCACUGCGAGAGCUGCACCCUGUUCCCACAGAAUCCCAACCUACCUCCCCCCUCCACCCGGGACCGCCCCCCCGGGUGCAAGACGGUGUUCGUGGGGGGGCUCCCCGAGAAUGCCAGCGAGGAGAUUGUGCGCGAGGUGUUCGACCAGUGCGGUGACAUCAUCGCCAUCCGCAAGAGCAAGAAGAACUUCUGCCACGUCCGCUUCAGCGAGGAGUUCAUGGUGGACAAGGCCCUGUAUCUCUCUGGGUACCGCAUGCGGAUCGGCUCCAGCACGGAUAAGCGGGACUCGGGCCGGAUGCACGUGGACUUCGCUCAGGCGCGGGACGACCUGUACGAGUGGGAGUGCCGGCAGCGCCUGCUGGCCCGCGAGGAGAGGCACCGCCGGAAGGUCCAGCAGGACCGCCUGCGCCCGCCCUCGCCCCCUCCCAUCAUGCACUACUCCGAGCACGAGGCGGGGCUGCUGGCCGAGCGGCUGAAAGACGACGGAAAGUUCGCGGAGGCCACGGCGGUGCUGCUGACCUGGAUCGACCGCGGCGAGGUCAACCGCCGGACCGCCAACCACUUCUACUCCAUGGUGCAGUCGGCCAACGGGCACGUGCGCCGGCUGAUGGGGGAGAAGGCCCAGCACGAGGACGAGCUGGAGCUCGCCAAGGAGCACUUCAAGAGCGCCAUGCUCGCCCUGCUCAGGCAAUUCGAGCAGAUUACGGCCGUUUUCAACGCCUCCGCCAAGCAAAAGGCAUGGGACCAUUUCUCAAAAGCGCAGCGCAGGAACAUAGACAUGUGGAGAAAGCAGUGCGAGGAGCUGCGGAACGCUCACAGCGAGGAGGUCAUGGGCAUUCGGAGCGAGGAGGAGAUGGAGAUGUCCGACUCGGACUCGGACGAAAGCGCCCGCAAGAGAUCGCGUCCGGACGACGACACGGUGGUCCACGCUCUCAGGGAGCAGAAUGACAGUCUGCGCUGGCAGCUGGACGCGUACAGGAACGAGGUGGAGCUGCUGAGGCAGGAGCAGAGCAGGGGCCGCCCCGAGGAGAACCACAUGCAGGAGCAGCCUCUGCACCUCCUGCAGGAGAGAGUGUGCAGUAUGCAGCAGCAGCUACAGAGCCUCCAGGAGGAGGUGCGGAGGAAGGAGGAGGAGCUGGAGCGCGCCCGGGAGGAGAGCAGGAGUCUGGAGGGAGAGCUCCUCGCGCUGAGGGAGAAGGGGCUGAACGGAUACACGGCGCUCCUGGGGGCGGAUGGAGAGAGGAGGGGAGAGUCGGGGGUUCGAGGGGCUCUGCAGACUGAGAAAGAGGCCCUGCUGCUGGGGAUCGUGUCCACCUUCCUGCACGUGCACCCGUUCGGGGCGAACAUCGAGUACCUGUGGUCCUACAUCCAGAGACUGGACGCCCAGGUGUCGGCGGGCGAGCUGGAGCGGCUGAUGGUGCGGCUGCCGCGGAUGUUCCGGCAGGAGCUGAGCGGCGUGGGCGCCACGCUGGAGAAGCGCUGGAAGUUCUGCGGCUUCGAGGGUCUCCAGUCCGUCUGACCCGCGCCCCAGAAACACACGGCCAAGCGUCCGCCGCCUCGCCGUGGGGUCCUGGGACAGGGCUGCGCGUCUCCGACCCCGGAGCGGCCGAUUGGCCGGCUGCACGCACUUCCCUACGGACGCUGACCGCAGUUGGACUGCGCUUCAGGACUGAGGCAUGCUGGGAAAUAAGAUGUGACUGAUUUGCUGAUCGGACGCGGUUCACUCCGGACUACCGGCAAGACUGGGCAUGGGUCCAAAAGGAUACAGCUCUGUUCAGCCAUGGAUGCUGAUUGGGCAAGGCCACAGAUUCCUAUUUGCUGAUUGGGCAAGGCCAGAGACUCCUCUCUGCUGAUUGGGCAAGGCCGCAGACCCCUCUCUGCUGGUUGGAUAAAGCCACAGACUCCCCUUGCUGAUUGGAUAAGACUGCAGACUCCUCUCUGCUCAUUGGAUAAAGCCACAGACUCCCCUUGCUGAUUGGAUAAGACUGCAGACUCCUCUCUGGUGAUUGGGUAAGGACACAGACUCCCGCCCCAAUCAAGCUCCAAAAAUCAGUGCAUUGAACAGGAUUUUCACCAAGUGAAAGGUGACUUUUUACAAAGAUUUCACUUCAAUUACUCAUUUCUGAAAUGCUGCAUCUUCCGAGACUGCACUAGGACUGACUACCUUAUCAGCGGGCAUAAAUAUAACGAGGAGUAAUCUUUUUUCUUUUUCUUUUUUCUGUUCUUGACGUCACCGUGUCGUAUACCAAGUAUGUACUGUUACAUUCUGUUUGUGGUCCGAGUACUUCCGUCAUUGAGCAUAUUCUAUAUUAUGUAAAUUAUUUUUAUUGAAUAAAACUUUUUAUCCAUUCUACUGAAA